AUGAUACAAACACAAUCAUUGGAUCCAACACCUUCCAAUUAUUAUCAAAAUAUUCAACAUUCACAAACAUUCCAACAAAGAAUUAUUGGGAAUGGUGGUGGGGGAAUACAUAAUCAACAACAGCCUUCAACAGCUUCCCAUCAAUUUAUUCAACCCAAUUAUGAAGCUCCCAAUCACGGAGGAUUUCCUUCUCAUUUAGUUGAUUUUUAUGGAAAUCCAAAUUUAAAUAAUCACCAAAUAAUCCCUUUAAAUGAAGAACAACAACCAACAAACGAUAUUCAAAAUACUUCAACAUUUUCAAUGUCCUCCUCUAAUAAUAACCCUCCUCAUUCCUCCUCCUCAAAUAAUUCUUUUAUUGUAACUACACCCUCUACAAUACCUAAACAAGUUAAAAAACGCGGUCCUAGAGGUAAAAGAAAUCAACAAUUAAAACAUAAUAACAUAACAAAAUCCACCACCACAACAAAUAAUUACAAUGAAAAUUACCACUCAAAACAACCUCCUCCAAUUGAACAAUAUAAAUGGAUGCAAGUAAAAAGAAAUACAACAACAAUAGCCACUUCCUCCUUCAUUCAAGGAACUGUGGCAGGUUAA